AUGGACAAGGUCCAGUUGAUCAGACAUAGAUUGCUUGUAGCUCAAAGUAGACAAAAGUCUUAUGCUGAUAAGAGAAGAAGAGAUUUAGCAUUCACAAUUGGGGACAAAGUGUUACUACGAGUCUUCCCUAUGAAAGGUAUGAUGCGGUUUGGGAAAAGAAGCAAAUUGAGCCCCAGGUUUAUAGGAUCGUAUGAGAUACUAGACCGAGUGGGAGCUGUGGCUUAUCGUUUGGCACUUCCUUCUGAGUUGUCUUUUAUUCAUCUAGUGUUUCACGUCUCAAUGCUAAGAAAAUAUAUAUCGGACUCAUCUCAGGUGCUUGAAGUACCUAUUAUACCGAUUGAUGAGAAGUUGUCUUACAAGGAGGAGCCGAUGGCUAUUGUUGAUAGGCAAGUAAGAAAGCUACGGUCAAAGAAAAUUGAGUUCGUAAAAGUCUUAUGGCGAAAUCAUACAGUUGAAGAAGCUACUUGGGAAAUAGAAGAUGCUAUGCGAUCCAAGUACCCCCCAUUUGUUUCACUGUAUAGACGUACAAGUAUCACUCAGGAGGAGCUGAUUCUUUCUCCUGAGGAGCAAGUUCUUCAUAACAGUUAA